CAGUAACACAACUUGAAAGGCGCAGGAACACCGAAAAGAUUCCAUUUCAGGCCCGUAAAUACGCCAUAAAGCGACGGGGGGGGGGGCGCUAAGGAGAGGGGCGAUGGCCGCCAUGAUCUACGGGAAGAUCUUCGUGGGAAUCUACGUGGAGAUCAAGCGGAGUGACGGACGCAUCCAUCAGGCGAUGGUGACGUCGCUGCACGAAGACAACGACAGCGUGACGGUGGAGUGGAUCGAGAACGGCGACACCAAAGGGAAGGAAGUGGACUUGGAGAGCAUCUUCGGCCUGAACCCAGACCUAGCCCCCGAGGAGGAGGUGCCAGCCAGUCCAGAGGCUCCUCCUCCUCCUUCCAGUGGGGCCAAGACCAGCAAAGUCCCCAAAACCCGACGAGUCACGGCCAUUCCCAAACCUGACAACAGCCAGCGGGAGAACCGAGCCGCGGCGGUGGGAACCACUCGGGCCCGUCCGAGCCAGCACAGCCAGGCCGCCGAGGCUCCUCCCCCCUCCAUCGCCGCCCAGCCCGCCGCCAACCAAUCGCUGCUCCAGCUGCAGAACGCACGCAAGAAGUCCAACUGCGUGAAGGAAGUGGAGAAGCUGCAGGAGAAGCGAGAGAAGCGGCGACUUCAGCAGCAGGAACUGAGGGAGAAGAAAGCUCAGGAAGUGGACGUCAACUUGCCAAACUACGAGAUCAUGUGCAUGAUCCGAGACUUCCGGGCCAGUCUGGACUACCGACCUUUGACCUCCAAUGACCUGAUCGAGGAACAUCGGAUAUGUGUGUGCGUGCGUGCGCGGCCCCUCAACAAAAAAGAGUUGACCGUCAAGGACUUGGACGUGAUCACCAUUCCCAGCAAGGACGUGGUGAUGGUCCACGAGCCCAAGCAGAAGGUGGACCUGACCCGCUACCUGGAGAACCAGACGUUCCGCUUCGACUACGCCUUCGACGAGAACUCCACCAACGAAAUGGUCUACAGGUUCACGGCUCAGCCGCUGGUGGAGACCAUCUUCGAGCGAGGAAUGGCGACCUGCUUUGCGUACGGGCAAACAGGAAGUGGGAAAACGCACACGAUGGGAGGGGACUUCUCCGGGAAGAACCAGGACUGCUCCAAAGGGAUCUACGCCUUGUCAGCCCGAGACGUCUUUGUCAUGCUUAAGAAACCGAUCUACAAGAAGCUGGACCUCCAGGUCUUUGCCACCUUUUUCGAGAUCUACAGCGGGAAGGUGUUCGACCUCCUGAACCGCAAAGCCAAGCUGCGGGUCCUGGAGGACGGCAAGCAGCAGGUGCAGGUGGUCGGGCUGCAGGAGCGCGACGUCAAAUGCACGGAGGACGUCCUCAAGCUCAUCGAAGUGGGGAACAGCUGCAGGACGUCCGGUCAGACCUCGGCCAACGCCCACUCGUCCCGCAGCCACGCCGUCUUCCAGAUUAUCCUGCGGCGCCGGGGCAAGAUGCACGGAAAGUUCUCGCUCAUCGACCUGGCGGGCAACGAGAGGGGCGCCGACACGUCCAGCGCCGACCGCCAGACCCGCCUGGAAGGGGCCGAGAUCAACAAGAGCCUGCUGGCCCUCAAGGAGUGCAUCCGAGCUCUGGGUCGGAACAAACCGCACACUCCCUUCCGAGCCAGCAAGCUGACCCAAGUGCUUCGGGACUCCUUCAUCGGGGAGAACUCUCGGACGUGCAUGAUUGCCACCAUCUCUCCCGGCAUGGCGUCCUGCGAAAACACCUUGAACACGCUCCGAUACGCCAACAGGGUGAAGGAGUUUGGGAUCAGUCCUUCAGACAUUCCCUUCUCGCACAGCGGUGGACGUGCGGAGCUCUCUCCGACUUACGACGUCAAGGAGCUGUCGGUGGAGCCGGCGGCCGUGGUGGACGUUCAUCUGGAAGGACACGCCAACCAGCUGGAGGUCCUGGAGGCCCAAUGGGGCGUGGGGAGUUCUCCGCAGAGAGACGACCUGAAGCUGCUCUGCGAGCAGAACGAAGAGGAGGUUUCCCCGCAGCUCUUCACCUUCCAUGAAGCCGUCUCGCAGCUGGUGGAGAUGGAGGAGCAGGUUCUGGAGGACCACAGGGCCGUCUUCCAGGAGUCCAUUCGCUGCCUGGAGGACGAGAAGGUCCUGCUGGAAAUGACGGAGGAGGUGGACUACGACGUGGAGUCCUACGCCACGCAGCUGGAACAGAUUCUGGACCAGAAGAUCGACAUCCUGACCGAACUGAGAGACAAGGUCAAGUCCUUCCGCUGCACGCUGCAGGAGGAGGAGCAAGCGAGCAAACAAAUCACCCCCAAGAGGCCUCGUGCACUUUAGACACACCAAAGACCCAAAGGAAGGCCACGACCUCGCCCAGAUUUAAGAGCUCCAGUCCUCUGUGCGUGGUGUCGUCAACACCUCAUUGCUGGGCAUCGUCCUCCGUGUUUGACUUAUUCUUUGUUUUUCCCCACUAACCGGAGUACUGGAUUUGUACGUUAAAACUGCGUUGAACAUAUCGGUGGAAAACAUGAGCUGCCAACAAGGAAAAGGGGGAAAGCAAAUACAGUGGGACCUCGAUUUACCAACUCGAUUGGUUCUGGAACAGGGUUUGUAAAUGGAAAAGUUUGUAUAGUGAAGCAGAGUUCUCCAAAAGAAACGAUGUAAAUAUGAUUAAUGGGUUCCAAAAGUCCAUAUUUUAGUGACGGUUUGUACACUUUGAACUAGGGUUGUACGGUAUACCGGUACUAGUAUAGUACCGCGAUACUAAUUAAUCAUAUUCAGUACUAUACUGCCUCUUAAAAAUACCGGUACUCCCCCCAUCCUUUUUUUUUAACGGGCAUGACAGCGCGUCGUCGACACGUGGCGACAUUGCUGGUUUUACGAGCAGAGGAGCAUGUUUGGCAGCGCACACACACACAGAGUACUUACAAGCAGACACAGUGUGUAGACAGAAAAGGGAGAAUGGACGCAUUCUGGUGUAAAAAGUCAAGAUAAAGGUGAAGUUAUAACACUGAAACACCCUCAGGAAGACAUGCGGCUAACAUCCAUCCUCAGUGUUUUAGCUACUUCGAAAUCACUAAUCCUGGCCUCCAUGGCGACAAAUAAAGAAAGUUUCUUACAAGUAGCAUUAUCACUGGAGGACGAGGAAUAGCUCUAAACAUGCUUCACUACACACUGUAGGAGGAUACAAUAGCUCAUUAAUGUAAACAAUUGGAUCUACACCUGACAUCCACUGUAAUGAUACCAAGUACAAUAGUCGAUACUACUAUGAUUACAUUGGUAUUUUUUAGCGUCACAAAAUAUUUUUUCCUUUAUUUAAAAUUCAUAUUAUGUUUAUAAAGUCAGUAAAUACGUCCCCUGGACACAUGAGGACUCUGACUAUGACCAAUGUAUGAUCCUGUAACUACUUGGUAUCACAUCGAUACCGAAAUGUGUGGUAUCAUCCAAAACUAAUGUAAAGUAUCAAAGGAGAGAAGAAUAAGUGAUUAUUAAAUUUUAACAGAAGUGUUAAAACAGAAAAUAAGCAGAUAUUAACAGUAAAUGAACAAGUAGAUUAAUAAUAUUGUUUUACAGUUUGUUCCUCAUAAAGUGUACAAAAUAAUAGGUGUAUAAAUGACACAAUAUGUUACUGCAUACGACUAAUUAGGAGUCGUUGUUUGUUUACUUACUACUAAAAGACAAGUUGUCUAUUUUAUUUAAGGACUAAAUGACAAUAAUAAACAUAUGAUUUUUUUGUUAAAAUAAAGCUUAUAAUGCCAUUUUUUAUGGUUCCCUAUAUUUAGAAAAAUAUCAAAAUAUAUUUUGGUACCGGUACCAAAAUAUUGGGAUCGGGACAACCCUACUUUGGACAAAACAUAAAGUGCUUUACACGACUGAGUAUCAAACUAACAUAACAAAGGAGUAAUGAAUCCACUUUCUAUUUAUUAACAAACCUAAACAACAAGCUAAACUGUGCCCUUUGGUGCCUUCACAGACAAUCAGAAAUCACAAAAAUCCUUCAAUCUAACAAGAAUAUUGCUACAACAAUAAACAUUUAAAUGAGUAAUACCCACUUAAAUCAACAUCGGCAGAGGAGGAGCGGACAGAGGCGGAGAACAGGGGGCGGGGCCUUAAAAAGGUGCCGCUGAACAGCUCUUCUCGCCGCUGUGAAAUAAGUCUGCUUUGGCAUAUUUUUCCAGAAAAGUUCGGUCUCAUCACAAUUACUGUAUUUUUCAGACUAUAGAGCGCGCCAGCAUAUAAGCCGCACCCACUAAAUUUUAGAAGAAAAAAAAUAUGUUUAUAUACAGGUAA